AUGAUCAGAAGUGAGGUGAAGCAGCAGACCGUCGGAAUCGAAAUUGCUAGGGAAAAUGAUUCGAGCUCUCGCCCGAUUAUUCGAGUAUUGUUCUCGGUACAACUAUUAUCCAUGAUAGCAGUUACAACACACCACACCGCAAUGCCAUUUUUAGUAAAAAUCGCUAACAAGAGUCAUUUCCUCCCGACGACUUCUGUUUUUAUGAUGGAAAUUUUGAAAUUAUCAUUUUGCCUGAUAAUUGUACUGAUCGAAACAAGAAGCAUAAGAAAAACCGCAAAGAAACUGCACAAAAACAUUUGGCAAAAUUGGUGGGAAACAAUGAAAGUAUCGGUUCCAGCAUUGGUAUAUGCGGUUCAAAACAAUUUAUACUAUGUUGCACUUGCAAAUAUUGACGCAACUACGUAUUCCGUAACUCUCCAACUGCGAAUUUUAACCACUGCAAUUUUAUCUGUUGUUCUACUGAGCAAAAAGUUAUCCGGUUAUCAGUGGAUGGCACAGGGUAUGGCUCUUAUUGGGGUCAUUGUUGUACAGCUUGACAACUCCAAUUCUCGUCGGGAAAUUGCUGGAAAUUUUUGGCUGGGGCUAGCGUCUGUUCUUGGCAUGUGCUGGACGAGCGCAUUUGCCGGCGUCUACUUUGAAAAAAUGCUGAAAAAUUCGUCGGCGGAUGUGUGGAUCCAGAACAUUCGGCUUUCAAUUCUGACCCUUCUCUUUGCUGGGAUCACCAUGUUAUCGAAAGACGGAGAUGCUAUAAUUACAGGAAACAUUUUUCACGGCUGGACAUGGAUAGUAUGGCUUGUCACGAUAGGUAACUCAAUCGGAGGGCUUUGCAUAUCGCUGGUAAUGAAGUACGCGGAUAAUGUAAUGAAAACAUAUUGUCAAUCACUGGCUAUAGGCUUCACCUCAAUCGUGUCCAUUUGCCUUGGCGAUCGAUUGCUAAGUUUAUAUCUUGGUUAUGGAGUUUUCCUUGUCACAUCGUCAGUUGUAGUGUACUCACUCUAUCCCGCAACUCAGCCAACCACCCCGAAUUAUAAACCGCUGAAGCAGGACAUCACAGAAGAUACGGAUGAAUAA